AUUCGGUCAUGCGCAGUCCCUGGCCCGGCUGGCAGGAAACAUGGCGGCCACGGGACGAGUUCGGGGCUAAGGAAGCGGCCCGGGGAACGGGGUGACAUGGCGAGACUAGCGGAUUACUUCCUGGUGGUGGGGUAUGACCUGACUAAACGAGGAAGUGGGAUAGGACAGGGCCGGAUCUUGCAGAGAUUCCCGGAGAAAGACUGGGAGGACAAUCCUUUCCCACAAGGUAUUGAGUUGUUUUGUCAGCCCAGUGGAUGGCAGUUAAGUACAGAGAAGAAACCACCAACAUUUUUUAUUGCUGUUCUAACUGAUAUCAGCUCAGAGCGUCACUAUUGUAGCUGCUUCACCUUCUGGGAAGAAUUGGAAAAUAUACAGUCUCUUCAUGACCAGAGAGAUGGGGAGUUGGAAGAAGAUGCCCCUCUACCUUCAACAGCUCAGCUCUGUGCCCCAAAAACGCUUGUGCUUGUGUCACGUCUGGACCAUCCUGAAGUGUUCAGGGAUUCCCUGGGCUUGAUUUAUACUAUUCACACAGAUGGCUUGAGUGUGUCACUGGAGAAUGUCAUUGGAAACCUACUAACUUGCACUGUUCCUGUCACUGGGGGAUCUCAGUCUGACCUGGAGCAGGAUACUGUGAGGACCAUCUCUCUUGGAGCAGGAGACCGACAAGUUAUACAGACACCAAUAUGUGACUCCCUGCCAAUCAGCAAUUGCAGUGUGGCCCUGCUUUUUCGGCAGCUUGGUAUUACCAAUGUGCUUUGCCUGUUUUGCGCAGCUCUUACUGAGCACAAAAUACUCUUCCUAUCCACGAGCUACCAGCGUCUCACUGAAGCUUGCAGAGCCCUUUUAGCCAUAAUGUUUCCUCUCAGAUAUAGUUUCACAUAUGUACCCAUCCUCCCUGCACAGCUACUAGAGGUUCUCAGUACCCCCACGCCCUUUAUCAUUGGUGUUAAUGCCUUGUUUCGGGCAGAGACUCAGGAGCUGCUUGAUGUGGUUAUUGCAGAUUUGGAUGGCGGCACUGUUACAGUCCCAGAGUGUGUUCAGAUCCCUUUUCUGCCUGAGCCAUUGCUGCAUCACACACAAGAAGCAAUUUCGCAAGUUCUAGAUCCCUCAUUAGUGAUUGCAGAUCUGGCAUUUCCACCAUCCUCCAUUACUGCAUCUACUCUCAGAAUGCAGGAUAUGGAAAUACGUGCUUCGUUUCUGCGUCUUUUUGCACAAAUCUUUCAGGGAUAUCGUUGUUGUCUGCAACUAAUACGAAUUCAUCCUGAGCCUGUCAUUCGUUUUCAUAAGGCAUCUUUUCUUGGUCAACGUGGCUUGGUGGAGGACGAUUUCCUGACUAAAGUCUUAGAAGGAAUGGCUUUUGCGGGGUUUGUCACAGAACGUGGUGCACCAUACCGAGCACUUGACCUGUUUGAUGAGCUUGUUGCAUAUGAAGUGAAAAAACUGCAGUAUGAGGACACUCAGCAGAACAUAAUAAAGCAUGUACGGGACUUGGCAGAGAAGCUCUAUAGAAAUGAGAAUCCUUAUCCUGCUGUCAGUAUGCACAAAGUGCAACGUCCAGCAGAAGGUAGCUACAUGCGGCCACAGCAUAGACCCUUUCCAAUGCUUGAUGAAAGCAGUAUCCAGUGGACCCUAGACCAGGCUGCGGCCAAGAUGCAGCAUGCUCCUCCUACAGUCCGAGUAGAGAAGAAGUGCAUGGUACCCCCUGGGCCACCAAUUGCUGCGAUUUUUGAGCGUAAUGGUGCAACACAAGCUAACAGCAACCGACGGCUUGAAGUUGUACGGAACUGCAUUUCCUACAUAUUUGAGAACAAGAUGUUAGAAGCCAAGAAGUUACAUCCAGCAGUACUCCGAGCUCUAAAGGGUAGGGCAGCUAGGCUGUGUCUGACACAAGAGCUCAAUCUUCAUGUGCAACAAAACCGUGCUGUGUUGGAUCACCAACAGUUCGACUUCGUUGUGCGUCUGAUGAACUGCUGUUUACAGGAUUGCACCCCUUUGGAUGAGCAUGCUAUAGCCGCUGCACUCUUGCCUCUGGUCACAGCAUUCUGCAGGAAACUGAGUUCUGGUAUCACACAGUUUGCAUACAGCUGUGUACAGGAACACGUGGUGUGGACCAACAUGCAGUUCUGGGAAGCCAUGUUCUAUGGGGAUGUCCAGAACCAUAUACGAGCCCUUUAUUCCUCCCCAGAAGAUACCACAACCAACAUGGAUGAGUUUGAGGAAGAAGAGCGAUCUGCACUUGAACUUGCGGCAGAUCAGUGUCGUCUGUGGCCUACUCUUCCCAGGGAAAAGCAGCUGGAGCUUAUUCAGAAGGAAGAAAGUACUGUAUUUAGCCAAGCAAUCCACUAUGCGAACCGUAUGAGCUACUUGCUCUUACCUCUUGAUACCUCGAAGAACCGUAUGCUGCGGGGAGGAGCUGGUUUGGGGGACACAGAAAGUGUAACUAAUAGUUUUAUCACCAAUAGUAUGGCUGGUAGCAUGGCUGAAAGCGCAGAUACAGAAAGUGGAUUUGAAGAUUCUGAGAGUUCUGACGUGGCUCAUUAUGUUGUUCGAUUCGUCACACGCUUUGUUGAUAAAGUAUGCACAGAAAGCGGAGUAACAUCAGAGCAUCUUAAGAACCUGCACACUAUGAUCCCAGAUAUUGUUCAAAUGCAUAUAGAGACUCUGGAUGCAGUGCAUCGGGAAAGCAAAAGACUGCCUCCUAUUCAAAAGCCAAAGCUCCUGCUCCCCACCCUGUUAGCCGGAGAGGAAAUGGUGAUGGAUGGACUUCGAGUCUACCUGCUGCCGGAUGGAAGAGAAGAGGCUUCAGGUGUAAGCCUAGGUGGUCCACCUCUGCUUCCUGCUGAAGGUGCCCUCUUUCUUACAUCCUACCGCUGCAUCUUUAAGGGCACACCUGUAGAUUCUUUAGUUGCUGAGCAGUCUGUGGUCCGAUCUUUCCCAAUUGCUUCAUUAACUAAGGAAAAGAAGAUCAAUGUCACAGUGCAGCUAGAUCAGUAUUUGCAGGAAGCUCUGCAACUACGCUCCUGUACCUUCCAGCUCCUGAAAGUGGCUUUUGAUGAAGACGUUCCAUCAGAGGCAUCUGAACUUUUUCGAAAGAACCUGCAUAAAUUACGGUUCCCCCAGGAUGUCCUGGGGACCUUUCCAUUAACUGCUGGUCUCACAGUUCAGCACAGUACACAGACUAGAGCUAAGGACAAGAACCCUUCCCUCAACCCACUCCAUGUCACUGAUGUAUUCCAGAGCCACGUGGCUAUGAGUUUUUCUCUUGGCCGCUUCUACAAAGACACAACCCUAUCUAAGAACCUAGUUAAGAAUGCAAAGAAAACCAUUGGGCGACAAUACGUGACACGCAGGAAAUAUAGUCCACCGUCCUGGGAUCAUCGUGGAAGUCAGAAUUCACUGGAGCAACAAAGUGAUGACAUUUCCUUAUCAGAGGAGAUGGAAAGGAACACACUUACCACCUCAACUUUAAAGGCUCCAGAGAAACAAACAAUAGGAAAUGUGGCAGAACGAGCAUGUUGCCGUGAUUACCAACGUAUGGGGCUAGGGACUCUAAGCAACAGUUUGCAACGCAGCAAGAAUGAGCCCUUCAGAAUCUCUACUGUAAACCGAAUGUAUGCAGUGUGUAAUAGCUAUCCAGGGUUGUUGAUUGUGCCACACAGCAUCCAAGACAAUACUCUGCAGAAGAUUUCACGUUGUUACCGACAGAAUAGAUUUCCUGUUGUGUGCUGGAGGAGCCCCCGAAGUAAAGCUGUGCUGCUACGCUCAGGAGGGCUUCAUGGCAAAGGGGUUGUGGGUCUUUUUAAAUCUCCCAAUACUACUGCCGUUGGACAGUCUCAGACUGAUUCCACUUCUCUUGAGCAGGAAAAAUAUCUGCAAGCUGUGGUUAAUUGUAUGCCGCGAUUCGCAGAGAUGAGUGGACGUAACACACUUAGUGCAUUUCCUUCUGCACAUCUUUAUGAUUCUCCAGACAAACGCCAGCCCAAGCUGGGUUCCCUGAUGAAGCAGGUGAUAGGAGGGAAGGAGGACAACCGAGGAGGUUACUCAGUUCGGGGUAUAAAACACCCUGCAGUGCGACGUGGCUAUAUAGAGCAAGGAAAGUGGGGAAGUAUGCGAGGCAGUGGGAGGCUCAGUGCUUAUGCUAUGAAUUCGGAUGUGGGGACACGAUUGGCAGGCAGAGAGCUUGUCACCCACAAUCAGAAUGGAGGACCCUCUGAGAGUGCACUAACUCCCCGCAGGGCUGCAUUGUACAUAAUUGGGGACAAGUCUCAACUUAAGGGAGUGAAACAGGACCCUUUGCAGCAGUGGGAACUUGUCCCUAUCGAACUAUUUGACGUCAGGCAAGUCAAGGGCAGUUUUAAGAAGCUGAUGAAGGCCUGUGUCCCAAGUGCCCCAUCUUCUGACCCUAGCCAAUCAUACUUGCGCACCCUGGAAGAUUCUGAGUGGCUGGUGCAGCUUCACAAGCUUUUGCAGGUCUCUGUGCUAGUUGUGGAGUUACUGGACAGUGGGUCUUCUGUUCUGGUUGGACUGGAAGACGGAUGGGAUCUCACCACCCAGGUUGUGUCACUUGUCCAGCUGCUUUCUGACCCAUACUAUAGAACAAUAGAGGGAUUCCGGUUACUUGUAGAAAAGGAGUGGCUCUCGUUUGGUCACAGAUUUAGCCACCGCGGGGCCCACACAGCAGCAAGCCAAAGCAAUGGAUUCACACCUGUCUUCCUGCAGUUCUUGGACUGUGUGCAUCAGGUCCACCUUCAGUUUCCCUCUGAAUUUGAAUUUAGUCAGUACUACCUGAAGUUUUUGGCAUAUCACUAUGUGUCGAAUAGAUUUCGUACAUUCCUUUUGGACUCGGACUGUGAAAGAAUUGAGAAAGGAGUUCUCUAUGAAGAGAAGGGGGACCGUCGCAGUCCCCAGGUCUGCCGCUCAGUCUGGGAAUGUAUGGAGCGCCUUCACAAAAAGAGUCCUGUGUUCUAUAAUUACAUGUUCAGUCCAGAGGAUGGAGAGGUUCUACGCCCAUUCAGCUCGGUUUGGGGUCUACGUGUGUGGGAUUAUUACACCCAUGAAGCAUUGAGUGAGGGCCCCCCAUAUGACUGGGAGUUGCUUCAGGGACCCCGACAUGAGGAGCCAGAAAGAAAUGACAGCUCUGCCCCCCAGACUAAGCGCAAGAUCAUAUGGCCAUCAUAUAAUUCACCUGCACGUGUGGAGCCAGAUGCCAUUACCCGUCUGUUAGAGGAAUUGCAUAGUCUAGAAAUGGACCUUGGGCAGGUUCCAGAGCGCUGGAAGGACACGUGGGAUAAAAUAAAAGCUGCUCACAGAACAGAGGUUCGACAUGAAAGCCGCAAAUCUAGUGCUCUACUGAUGUCAUCAAGUGUUUCCUCCCACCGCCACUCACUUGGCGUGUACCUUCAGGAGAGUGGGGUUGGUUCCACGCUUAAUUUAAGCUUGGAAAGUGGACAAAGCACAUCAAGCACACCCAGUAGCGCCGGAAAACUGGGUGCACGGAACAGCACCAGCACUUUAUACAGUCAGUUUAACACUGCCGAGAGAGAAAACAGGUCAUAUGAAGGGACUCUUUUUAAGAGAGGAGCAUUUAUGAAGCCCUGGAAACCUCGAUGGUUUGUGUUAGACAAGACAAAACAUCAGCUUCGAUACUAUGAGAGCCGUACAGACACUGAAUGUAAAGGUGUGAUUGACUUGGCUGAAGUGGAAGCCAUAACACCGGGCAAUCAAACAUUAGGGGCUCCCAAAAAUGUGGAUGAAAGAGCCUUUUUUGAUCUAAAGACGACCCGGCGAGUAUAUAACUUCUGUGCCACAGACGCUCUGUUGGCUCAGCAGUGGAUAGAUCGAAUCCAGAGCUGCCUGUCAGAUGCGUGAGGACUCCAAAAUAGAAUCCCCAUGUUCUGGCCGGGAUGCCCAGUGGUACCAUGAAGGAGCUAUGACACUGGGGCACAGAAUACUGCCAGCUGUGAUGAGUGGGAGUGCCCCAGAACCCUAAGGGCCUCUAGCUACUGAACAUGAGUAAAGCCCCAGUAAAUUAUGCGGUUUGAUAUAAUGACCCUAAAGUAACUGGGUGAUAGCUGCCCCAGAGCUCUACAGAUUCCCUAAGUGAAGGGAGUGAAAGAUGCUCUGGUUCCUGCAGAGAAAAAUUUACCCCUGAAAAUAAUCCCAAAAUUCUGUAUUAGAGGAUACUCGGCAUUCCCAUGAAAACCUUUGUCACCCUCAGAAUACAGACUGGUGCAGACUCUCAGAAGAUUAUAAUACACCUGAAUUCACUGUAAUGAGGUCCCAGUACACCAGUUGGGUCCUCAAACAUUCUUAAACAUAUUCUUCAGUUCUGUUGGUCUUUUUUCAGUAAGCCAUUGUUUUGGUUUUUUGCUUUAAUGAACAUUUACCUAAUAAUAUGCACUCAUACAGAGUAUAGCGGUGAGGGGAAGGGUUUGUCACCUUUACUUCCUUGUUAGAGAGUAACGAGUUAUAAUAAUAAAACUACAGCAGGACAUAGUAGGGGUGAAUACAGCACCAACUCACUUUCUACAUUCAGUGUUUACAAAUAUGUGAAACGUUUCACAAUUGCAAAUAUUUGUUAGAUUAUUUUAGAAGAUAAAUUUUCACCAUUUUAUUUAAAAGCUUAGUAUGAGCACCCGCCACAUGGCUGUCAGAACGUGUAGUAGGGACUGUACAUAUGCACAUCAAAUGGGGUGUUCUGGGGGUCCUCCAAUCAGCUUGACGUGUCUGGAGCAAGAUUAUGAAGAGUUGAAUUCUUACAUACUCUCACCCUCCCAUUCUUAGGGGAAAAAAGGUGAAAACCACUAUGGAUUUUAUGAUGUCUACUGUGUCAUCUUAUUUUAAUCACCUAGCACCUUCCCCACAUGCAGACUGAAAUGCAAACUGGGGAGACAUUUCUGAAAAGCGUCAUGUACUGAUGUUAAUAUUCAGCAUCACAACCUCACUGUCACUGAAAGUGUGGUGCAUUCUGGGCCUUGGCUGUCAGCUGGAAGGACAGGACACAUAGAAUCUCCUUUAUCAGUGGGAAAGUGUGUCCAGAGUGCAGUUUAACUGGUCACACCCAAUGGCCACUGUAUGUAUUGCAGGGAAUUAACAAGAAACACAUUAACUGUAUUUAACUGUUUGGCUGUUGUACUACAUUUAAUUAUUAUUGUAUAUUGUUGUAUAUAAAAGGAUGAACCAAAGCAGCACAGGGCCGAGGAGAAUUGUGGUCAGUCUGAUGGAAUGGAAAGCCUGAUAAGCCUUUCACCACUAGAGAACUGGAUUAUUGGCAUUAAGAAAGCAUAAAUAUCAGUCAAUUCAGGAGGCUACAUUUGUUGUUAUUGCACAACUUGGAUCUAAAGGCUCGUUCAUUAAUUUCAACUGAAUCUGGCACUCUAACCUUUUCAGUUUCCACUCUGCUGUCUUCAGGCAUGUAUUCAUUAGUCAUUUGCAAUAUCAAACAAUUGGAUAUGGCCAAGAAUUAAAUGCUACACUAUUAUUGAUGAUAAACAUGGAAUUAAGAACAAAAUAAUCAGCCAGUUAAGUCCAGGUCUUGCCAAGUUAAGCACAUACUGACCAUUAUCUGUCUUCAGGGAGUUUAAUUCCAGAUAUCUGAUCAGACCUUAGGCUGAUGACACAAGGGGUAUAUAAUAGCUGGCUGCGAAUUGCCAAAGAACAUUCCUGCCUCCUCCCAUUCACAUUAACUAGCAGAUUUCCCAUGCAAGUAAACGGGCAGAGGCAGGGUGGAAAAAAACACUGGUGGAAAAAAAAACGCCCUGUGUGCCAUCAGCCUCCGACUGAGCUUGUCAGCUGAGUUUCCCAGCCAUUGUCUGUAAAACCGCCUUGAUAACCUAAAGUUGUAUUUAUAUGUACAGUAUUUUAAUUAUCUAUAUUUUUUACCAUGACUGAACCAUAGUGUUACAGGGUUUUAGACAAUGCCAGGAAGAUUAAUUCUGCACUGCUGUAUGUUGACUGGCACCCAGAUUCUCCACCUGUCUGGGUGCAUUUUGAAGGUGAAUAUAAAAUAAUGCAUACUGAGUUAACCAACUACUCCUGCAAAGCAUCACCUGAUAUCUCAUCAGAACAGAGGUAUUGUUUAGCCAUAUAGGAAUGUGAAACAUGAUCACUGGAGCAAUUUUUUUCUGUUUCAGCUGUGCGCAUAAACUCGCUGGCUUUAAAAAUUCCCUCUCUCUUGUUGUGAAAGACUGGUCAGCAUUACAUUCCCACUCCACAGCCCUAUGGAUGUUUAUUGCUUGGUCAGUGCUGCCAUUUUUAAAGUUGGACACCCUUUGUACAUAAUCCUUAUUCUCAGGCUGCAGGUUCCUGAUUUUGUAGAAUACAUUGGUUCUUGUACAAUGUGUCAAACAUACAGUCCUUGAGUUGUGCCUAGAUAUAUAAAACAGGAAUGUAUCCAGAGACAUAAAAUAAACUAACAAAUGUUUAAUAAGA